GUUGCCCCGCUUUUUGGCCCAGUCGCCGUAGUGGUCAAGUGCCAAGAAAAUACAUGCGUCUGCUGCCCUUGGCGCGCGCACGACGGCGGAUUUCGGAACAGCGCGGCCUCGCGUACAGUCUUGCACGUGAGUGAGCGAGACCCUCACUUUUGAGGCAUUCGUUCGACGCGCGCCAUCGCCGCCGGGUCCAUCGAAAGCAGCGUUGCCGUGCCACGAUGCUUCAGUGGUGCUGCCGGCGGGCUGUGCAGACGCUGUCGCCAGCCGUGACCCGGCCGAUGCUGGAGAGCCGAGCAAAAGCUGUUGGUCACGUCGCAAGGCGAAAGACUUCCCGCCUCAGCUACUACCAUGCUCCGGGCGACCACGCCCUGCUGCCGCUAACAGUGGGCGAUGUGAUCGACAGAGCCGCCGAUACUAUGGGUGACAACGUGGCAAUCAUAUCUUGCCACCAAGAAAUCAGCAAGACUUACGUGCAGUACAAGCUCGACGUCGACCACUUGGCAGCCGCCCUGGCAUCCCUCCGUCUGCGGCUGGGCGCCAAGAUUGGCAUCGUGUCGUCUAACAUCUACGAGUGGCCGGUCGUGCAGUUUGCAUCCGCCAAGGCCGGUCUCAUCCUUGUAAACGUUAAUACAGCGUAUCAAGCGCCGGAGUUGGAGUACUGCUUGAGACUUGUCGAUUGCGAGGCCGUCAUCCUGUCGGAGAAGUUCGCCCGCCAGGACUACUAUUCCAUGUUGCUGCAGAUAGCGCCCGAGCUCGAGCGCUGUAACCCGGGCGAACUCAAGUGUGAGAGACUCCCGCGCUUGAAGUAUGUCAUCUUGCUCGGUGACGAAGCAAAACCGGGGACUAUAAGAUAUGAUGACCUUCUGGCGCAAGCAACCGCGAAGGAUUACGCCACCGUCGAUUUGAUAGCCCAGCAGAUACGCUUCGACUCACCCGUUAACGUGCAGUUUACUUCCGGCACGACGGGAAAGCCAAAAGGUGCCUUGCUGUCGCAUUUCAAUAUUGUCAACAACUCCAACUCUUGCGGACUCGUGGUUGGGCUUGACGGGGACGAUGUAAUAUGCCUGAACGUUCCGAUGAUCCACUGCUUCGGCUGCGUCAUGGGCAGCCUGGCAGCGGCCGUGUUCGGUUCCACCAUCGUUAUGCCGUCGCCCGGAUUCAGCGCAGUAGCCGGCCUCGAGGCCAUCACGAAACACAGGUGUACAGUGAUCUAUGGAACGCCGACCAUGUACAUCGACUUGUUACACCAUCUCAAUAAUUCAUCUUACGACGUUUCAUCUGUGCGCAAAGGUAUCAUGGCCGGUGCUCCCUGCCCACCCGAAGUGAUCAAGAAUUCCAUGGAGCAACUGAACACCAAAGGGCUUUGCAUAUGCUACGGCACGACAGAAUGCAGCCCAGUCAUUACGGCCUCCACUUCCGACGAACCACUGGAAAAAUGGAUUCGCACAGUCGGAAAACCGCUAGAUCACGUUGAGGUGAAGGUGGUGGACACCGACAACAACAUCGUUCCCUUGGGCACCCGCGGUGAGCUGUGCGCUCGCGGCUACCUCGUCUUCAUCGAGUACUUCAACCAGCCCGACAUGACGAAGGAGGCGGUGCGCGACAAGUGGUAUCACACCGGGGACGAAGCGAUCAUGACCGAAGACGGCCACGUGAUCAUCAGCGGCCGCAUCAAAGACAUGAUCUGCCGUGGCGGUGAGAACGUCUACCCGCUCGAGAUCGAGGAGUUCCUCUACACGCAUCCGGACAUCGAAGAAGUUCAGGUUGUCGGCGUACCGGAUAAGAGACUUGGCGAAGAAAUCUGCGCCUGGAUCAAGCUGAAGCAGGGAAAAAGCUUGACCGAAAAAGAUGUCAAGACGUUCUGUGACGGAAGGAUAAGUCACUUCAAGACCCCGAAGUACAUUUUAUUUGUGGACACGUUUCCGAAAACUAUUUCGGGCAAGAUACGGAAGUUCAAGAUGAAAGAAGAGAGUCGAAAAAUAUUAAACCUCUGAACGUCUCA